UCAGCUACCUCGCAAUCACGCGGAAGCUAACCAUGCCUAGGUCCCAUUUAUGUUUGGAAGAAGAGGUAGUCACGAACUUGGACAUUGAACGGCUGGCGAAAAGAAAUCUUGACCCGGCGACAAAGCACUACUUCGACGACGGCGCCGAUUUGCAGCAGAGCGCGGACGAGAAUCGACAGGCAUUCUUCAGGCUGCGUCUUCUUCCAUGGAUGUUAAGGGACGUUGCCAUAAGAGACCAGACAACGACAGUCUUGGGCCAGAAAAUUUCUCUGCCCGUGGGAUUCGCACCGACGGCCUACCUGAAGAUGGCACACCCGGAUGGAGAGGAGGGAUCAGCAAAAGCCGCCAAGGAUGCGGGAACAGUGAUGAUUCUCAGCCCGAUGAGCAACACGUCCCUCGAAGACGUUGACUCUGCGGCGCCGGGUGGCCUCCGCUGGAUGCAGACGUUCAUCUUCAAGGAACGCGACGUCACUAGGAGCCUGGUGCUUCGAGCAGAAAAGGCUUGCUACAAGGCCAUUGUAGUCGGUGUCGACUGGCCGCUCUCCGGCAGAAAGAUAUAUGACACUAAGUGUGGCUUCGACAUCUCUCCUAACCUCACGAAUGCCAACUUUGAAGGCAGCGAUUUCGCUAGUCCAAAAACGGCCCAAGGAAAUUCAAUUUCCAAAUUAAAAAAGGCUCUCAUUGACCCGUCCGUAGUGUGGGGCGACGUGGACUGGCUGCGCAGCAUCACCAAGCUCCCAAUCGUUGUGAAGGGAAUCAUCAGGCCGGAGGAUGCAUUGACCGCGGUGGAGCACGGCGCCUCCGGAAUCAUAGUAUCCAACCACGGCGGUAGACAGUUGGACGGCGUUGCUGCAACGAUCGAACUCCUUCCCGACAUAAUAAAAGCGGUCAACGGGCGUUGCGAGGUGUACAUGGACGGAGGUGUGCGCAUGGGUACUGACGUCACGAAGGCCAUAGCAAUGGGAGCGCGGGCUGUUUUCGUCAGCCGACCUGUCGUCUGGGGCCUUGCUUACAAUGGGCAACAAGGAGUGGCGAAGAUGGUCAGCAUAUUCCGAGAUGAGAUCGACAGAGCCCUCGGUCUCCUUGGUUGUUCUUCCCUGAAAGAGUUGACCCCAGACCUAGUCGUCCGCCAAGAAUACUACUCGAGACUGUGAGACGAAUUGCCAUUCUUACACAAGAAAUGCCAGGAUAUGGCUUCAUGAAACAGGGGC